CAAAUGGCGAAAAUUAGCUCUCUCGGAGCCUCCUUUGCACUUUCCUGCAUUGUCCUCAUAAUCUUCUUUUCUUUGGUUGAAUGCAAUGAUGGCAUUAGUUCCAUCAGCAAGAAGAAUGAUCUGGAUAAUGGAAGAUUUUUGAGUGAAGAUAUGAUUAAGGGUGGAAAAUUGAAAGACGUCGGUUGUGCGGAAACAACCUGUGCUAUGGGAAGAGAUUGUUGGUGUUGCACACGAAAGGAGAUAAGAAACUAUUGCUAUGCUACACAGAAGGUUUGCUUGAAUGCAUGUUUGGGCAUUGGUUCCGCAGCAACACCUCAAGCUUCAUGAUAAUAUUGCAAUUUAGUAUCAACAAAAUAAAAUUUUAAAGCAAUACAUACAUGUUAUAUUUUGGUUGAUUUUCGAGUGAUUAAUAAGGAAAUGAGAAAAUUCAUAUUUACAUU